AUGAGUAAGAUGAAAGAAUUGUCUAUGGACAUCCAGGACAAAAUUGUAUACCUACACAAGACGGGAAUGGGCUACAAGAGGAUUGGCAAGCAGCUAGGUGAGAAUGAGUCAACCUUUAGGCAUAUCUAUCUAUCUAUCUAUUUCUAUCUAGCUACCUAUUUCAGUUUAGGCAUAUCUAUCUAUCUAUCUAUCUAUCUAUUUCAGUUUAGGCAUAUCUAUCUAUCUAGCUAUCUAUCUAGCUAUCUAUUUCUAUCUAGCUAUCUAUUUCAGUUUAGGCAUAUCUAUCUAUCUAUCUAUCUAUCUAUCUAUCUAUCUAUCUAUCUAUUUCUAUCUAGCUAUCUAUUUCAGUUUAGGCAUAUCUAUCUAUCUAUCUAUCUAUCUAUCUAUCUAUCUAUCUCAUUUUGCAUCUUCUUCUUUUUCUUUCUUUACAUUUUCUCAUUCUUGUCUCUCCUUUUUUUCUCAUUCAUAAUCAGGUGUUUUUCUGUCUUUUAUUUUACCUGUUCUUAUAUUCUUAAUCAGUUUCUUUCAUUUAAAUAA